GGAAUGCGUCGCUUGAUUAAUGGGCGCAACAAAACGAUGAAAUCAUACAUAGCGCCGCUGGGAAGGGCCCCAGAGAUUGCUGUGCGGCACUGCGCUUGAUUGAAACGCCACUGGCUACGCAGCUUGCCUCUGGACAUAUAAAAUGCUUGGAGUUGUGAUUAGAUGCAUUCAGUCAACCAGCAGUCGCGAGGUGGCGGCACCGCUGGUGCAGGUCGCUUGGGCAGCGUUGGGCUGGCGGGCGCACGGACGACGCCAGCGUGGCUACGGUGCACCCUGCGAGCGCGCCGCAUCCGGGACCUCGCUCAAAGCCCUGCUGGACCGGGGCGUGCCGGUGUCUGUGCUGGAGUUUGAGAUCUCGGCGGCGGAGGCGGUGCGCCGCUUCAACGACUACCAGCGCACCGCCUGCAUGGGUCUGCACGCACACAGCCUGCUGGACAGCAAGGCCAUCGCCAACGGAGCCGCCGCCAGUGCCACAGCGCGCAACAGCGGCGGCAGCGGUAGCAGUGUUAGUGGUGGCAGCAGUACCGGUGGAGCAAGCGCCACCGCAUCAAAAGGAUCCAGCGAUGGCAAAAGCAGCAUUGCGCCGGCGUACCUGCCGUUCUGGGUGUUUGAUGCGGAGUUCAGUGCGGAGGCGCGCGCGUGCCUGGGCUAUCGAGAUGAGAAGACCAAGGAGUUGGUGUGGAAGGACAUGAGCGAGCCCAUGCAGCUCAGCAGCCGGGCGACAGCCACCGGUGACAUUGAGGCCAUGCAGGUCUAUGCAUCUUAUGAGCACGUGCGUGAUGUGGGCAGCGGUGCGACGGGUGCCGGAUUGCCGGCCCGGGCGCGGCCGCUAACGGCGACGGAGGCGGAGGCAGGCGCGGUGGGCGGCGUGCCGCUGACGGAGCCGGCCAUGCGGCAGGGGCUUGCCUGGGCGCUGGCUGUGCGGGCGGUGACAUCGGAGCAGGUGGUGGAGGCGGAGGCGCGCAUCAAGGCCGCCACCAGGGCUACUGAUCUUAAGGAGAUCCACGUGGCGCUGCAGCUGCACAGCCGCUCCGCCCGGCUGGUGUACCUGCCCGCCUACAUCGCCGUGUAUGUGUACGGCACCCGCUACAAGCAGGGCACCAGCGGCGUCAUCCUGCCGCAGGUGUUCACAGUGGCCAUCGGCGGCACACGGUCAGGCCGAGUGCAGGCGCCGCACCACGUGUCUCCCACCAAGGCCUCGCUGAGCACGGGCGGCCUGGUAGGCGGUCUGGGGCUCAUGGCGGGCGACUUCACCAGUUGGCUGCCGCCGCUGCUGGGGCUGGAGCCGCUGCUUCCCCAGCUGGGCGCGGUGGAGGCCAUCACGCUGGCGGCGCUGGCGGCCAGCGGUGCAGGCAUGUGGGCGCACCAGCGGCCCGCCAGCCAGCGCAGCCGCCACGUGGCCAAGCAGGUGCGCGCCGACUACGACUUCUACAAGCAGUACGACCGCCACGAGACGUUCGGCAGCGGCGCGGGCGUGAACGCGGGCGCGGGCGCCAAGGACCCGGACAAGGCGGCGCGGGGCAGCGGCGGCAACGAGGAGUACAUGCUAUGGCUGUGGUCGGACGCGGACUGGCGGCGCUGGGAGCAUGACGAGCCCUGGAACUGGGACGAGGAGGAGCGUCGCAAGUGGGCGGAGCAGCUUUGGCGCAAGCAGGCGAUGCGGCGGCUGGAGCGCCAGCGCUACGUGGCCAAGAUGGAGGCGGAGGCAGCGCGGCGGGCCGCGGAGGAGGAGGCGGAGGAGCGGCGGGAGCGCAUGUACGGCAGCAGCGCGCGCUUCACCCACCACCGGCCACGGGACCACGGCCGCGGCGCCGGCGGCGUGGAUGACGGAGAGGAGGGCGUGGGCUACAGCAGCGGCGGGCGUCGGCGCGGGCGCUCCGACUUCCUGGGCUAUUACCGCGUGCUGGGGCUGCAGGACGCAGAGGCUGUGUCGUCCGACGACAUCAAGCAGGCCUUCAAGCAGCAGGCGCUGCUGCUGCACCCCGACAAGCACGUGGGCGCGGAGGACGAGGCGCAGCGCAAGGUGCUGGUGCAGUUUCAGAAGCUGCAGAUUGCGUACGACACGCUGAAGGACGCGGAGAAGCGGCGGCUGUACGACCGGGGGCAGUUCGUGGAGUAGCGAGGGGCAGGGGCGAGGGUACGGUACUUCAGGGGUUAUGGUUGUGGUUGAGCACCGUACAAGCUACACGAGAACCGACGCCGUGUAGGCGUAUUUACGUGUGGUGAAGGGAGAGCCAGGACGUAAGGCGCAAAUGUGGGCCUGGGGACGUUCUGUUGAGGUGGCGGUGGGGGCAUCAGGUUUCAUGGUACUGCAGCCGCUGAUCUUGUAGGUCCCUCAUGCUCGCGAACUCUGACUGGGAUGGUUCCAGUAAAGCAGCAAGAGUGCGGCAAUUCGUGGAAGACCUUGCGGCUGGGCCUUGCCUGGCGGGACUGCAAUGGCAUCCGUGUAGCAACCGCCUAAACAUGUGAU